AUGCUUAACGGCAGGAGUACAGGCCGUUUUGAGCUCUUCUCGACAGCUCGACAUCACCUCGGCUACUUCAAAAAUGUCGCAUGUGCCGCUACCUACACGGUCGCGUCUGCAGUCAAGCACGAUGUAUUGGAAAGUCUUAUUUGGGGGGCGCUGCACAAAGUCAUUGCGCGACAUUCGAUGCUCAGCGCUAUCAUCUUGAACGAACAUAAGCAAGACUCUGAGGUCUACUUUGCGCGUCUUCCUUCGAUCGACCUGAGAACUUGCGUUGAGUUCCUCGAGCGUCAAUCCAAAGUCGCAGUCGGUGACAGAGACGAAGAGCUCGAGCUACUUCUACAAGACCAGCACAGAAUCAACUUUAGAGAGGACAUUGGUUCAAAGCCGUUCUGGCGUCUCGUGAUACUACACCACCCAGAAGACCAAUCGACUUUCACGGCUGUCUGGUUCUUCCACCAUGCUCUCGGCGACGGAGGAUGCGGCCCAAUUUUCCACCGCACUCUCCUCUCGGCCCUAGACAUGUCAAACCCAACAGAUGCAGUGAAUCCCAUUGUCAAAAUUCCCACGACUGCAAUCCUUCCCAAGUUUGAAGACCUCCAUCCACACCCGAUAUCCUGGGCCUUCUUCUUGCGCGCAAUCCUGGGAUCAAUCCUCCCAUCCAUCUUCGCGCCUCGCGCGCCGAAACUUUGGACUGGUCCACCCGUCAUCGCACCUACUCCGCUCCCCGGCACGAGGGUCCAACUGCUACCGAUCUCCGCACCGACUACAACAAAUCUCCUGAAACUUAGCAGAGAGAACGGAACCACUCUCCAGGCCACCCUCGAAUGCUGCAUCGCGACCGCUCUCUUCUCCGUUCUCCCGGCAGAAGCAUACGACAAGGUCAACGCCUCUGGGCCCAUCAGCAUGCGCUCCCUGAUUCGACACGAAGGUCAACCCGUCGGAGACGACGAAUUCAUCCUCGCGCUCGCAGAGUACACGCACAUGCACGAUCGCACAUCGCACCCAUUAUCCAGCGAAAAGUUUCCCUGGGAAGAAGCACGUGCCGUUCGCUCGACCAUACAGACCGAAGUCUCGAAGCAGGGCGCGGACAACGUCGUUUCGCUGCUGCGCUAUGUGUCCGACAUCCACAAAUACUUCACUGAGAAGGUCGGCCAAGAGAGGGCCGUAUCGUUCGAGCUAUCGAACCUUGGGUUGAUAAAGGCAGGCACGGGAGCUGGAGACGGAUGGACGCUGGGUCGAUGUGUCUUUAGCCAGAGUCCGCAUAUCACGGGGCCGCCAAUUGUGUGUUCGGCCGUCACAGGUGGCGAUGGGUGCUGCGUAUUGACAUUCGGAUGGUUGGACGGAGUGGUGGAUGAUGAAAUGGCGAGGGCGGUUGUGGAGAGUGUUGAGAAGCUGAUACAGGGUCUGGUAGGCGGGGGAAGUUGA